ACUCGUCGUUGUGUAAAGUGUAAAAUCCAUUUCGAUAAUGGAGAUAUCAACUUGUCGGCUUCACUCACUCUCUCACUAAUAGGCUUGCUUUCUCUCUCUUCUUCUUCCGCUUAUUAUUCUACGUGUGCCGGAUGCGCAACUUCUUAUCCUACGUAUAUCUCUACUUUGUUUAAAAACCCUAAAUUUCAGCUCGGUUUUGGUCUGUGCAGCGGCCAUUAACGCCGGAAAUUUCGAGAUCUUCGCCGCCGGAAAAUCUUCGAUGUCGAAAGCUCGAGUUUAUGCUGAUGUUAAUGUUGUUCGACCUCGCGAGUAUUGGGAUUAUGAAUCUCUUACUGUUCAAUGGGGAGAUCAAGAUGACUAUGAAGUUGUCCGAAAGAUUGGAAGAGGGAAAUACAGUGAGGUUUUUGAAGGAAUAAACGUCAAUGGUAAUGAACGAUGUGUUAUAAAGAUUUUGAAACCGGUUAAGAAAAAAAAGAUCAAAAGAGAAAUAAAAAUUCUUCAGAACUUGUGUGGAGGACCAAACAUCAUAAAGCUGCUUGAUAUUGUCAGAGAUCAGCACUCUAAGACUCCCAGCUUAGUCUUUGAGUUUGUCAACAAUUCUGAUUUUAAAGUUCUGUAUCCAACACUGUCUGAUUAUGACAUUCGUUACUACAUCUAUGAGCUUUUGAAGGCUUUGGAUUUCUGCCAUUCACAAGGGAUAAUGCACCGAGAUGUCAAGCCUCAUAAUGUCAUGAUAGACCAUGAAUUGAGGAAACUUCGUUUGAUAGAUUGGGGUCUUGCAGAGUUUUACCAUCCUGGCAAGGAGUAUAAUGUCCGAGUGGCUUCAAGAUACUUCAAGGGGCCAGAACUUCUUGUUGAUUUACAAGAUUACGACUAUUCUUUGGACAUGUGGAGCCUUGGUUGCAUGUUUGCUGGAAUGAUAUUCCGGAAAGAGCCAUUCUUUUAUGGACACGACAACCAUGAUCAGCUUGUAAAAAUUGCAAAGGUGCUUGGAACAGAUGAAUUGAAUGCUUAUUUGAACAAAUAUCUUCUAGAGCUCGAUCCUCAGCUUGAUGCUCUUGUUGGAAGACACAGCAGGAAGCCAUGGUCAAGAUUUGUUAACCCAGAUAAUCAGCAUUUAGUUUCCCCAGAGGCCAUUGACUUCCUUGAUAAGCUUCUUCGCUAUGACCACCAGGAUAGGCUUACUGCAAAAGAAGCAAUGGCGCAUCCUUACUUCUCACAAGUAAGAGCUGCAGAGAGUAGCAGAAUGCGGACACAAUAGCUCACUAUUUGACAAGGCCAUUGUAGGCUGGUGUUGCGACCCCUUCAUUUUAAACGUUGUAGCUACUUAUCGUGUCAGGUAGACAUCUGUGGUUACAAAGGGGAUUUUAUGUAAAAUGCAUAAUUAUUCUCUCAUGGGAAAUGAAAGUUAACAAGUUAUGCUACAAAUAAUAUGGUUGUCAUUUGUGUUUGUUGUAACCUUUUGUGCAUUAUGGAACAAUUGUAUAGCUGUGAAUUGCCAAGCCCAAAGAGUAUUUUCUAGGAGUUACCUAAGUUCAGUGCCUGGCAGGUUCAAAUAGUAAUUAUGAGAAUAUAAUUCUUUGUUUUGAAUCAGUUUCAUUGAGAGAUGGUCUCUUAUAAGAGUAGUAAAGAGCUACUCUUGUGAGAGACUGUGUCUUAGUGAGAUGAUCUCAUAACAAGGAGCACAUGUGCUAAUAAUUUGUAAUAGUUGGGCUCUUCAACUCAUGCAUGAGGGUGCGUCUCUAGGUGGGACUAUCUUAUACAAGAAAGAUAAAUAUUUUGUGUGGACUUGCUAGUAGCUUAGAUAUGGAACUAGCUCCUCUUUUUUCUUGCAUAAUAUGAUAUUUUAGCCUAUUUUGCAUUAAUGUACAAGAAACAAAUUAAUUAAAGAAGUGUUUGGCAA